UAGUAGCUCCGACAUGCUGCUUCGUUUUCAUACCGUGUUCACUCAUAUUUUCUGUGUGAUUUCAUGAAGAAACUUUCCGCCAUUACAGCGAAUUUAACGGAAUUUUAACGGUUGGAUUUUGGCGGGAAGCGCGCGGGGAUUUAAUCAGUUCUCUUCAGAACUUCUCCUUUCACCUCCUCCUCCUCCUCCCACCUCCUCCUCCUUCACCCCACUGAAGAGGAACCGACGCACCACUCGAGGGAUGAAUGAGGUGUCCUCAAACUUAAUGAAGCGGUGCCGCCUGGUCAGGGCCGAGACUGACCCCAUCUCCACCACCCACACCUCCAAUCAGGAUGCCCCGGCCGACAGAGAACCCGCCUUCCCUCUCGCCUCGCUGGACGGCCUGCUGGAGGGCGAAGACGCCAGUCCUCCCGCCCCCGCCGGCCGACCCGAGACCAAGCAGAACCUGCGCUACAAGUUCCAGGGCUUCAAGAAGGGCAUCGCCAACCCCAUGGACCUGCUGGAGUCCUCCAUGGAGUCGUCCAUGUCCACCGGGCCCAAAAAAGCCCCCAUGGACUCGCUGUUCGACUACGGGACCUGCCGCGCCAGCAACCAGAAGCACCGCAGGAAGAAACUGAGGAACACGGAGAACGCGCCAUCGUGUGACGAAGGUCCGCGGGUUCAGAAGGUCUUUAACCGCGCGAUGCUGUUCGACGCCGUGUCUCACGCCAACACGGACGCUCUGGACGGCCUGCUGGAGUUCCUACAGAGUCACAACAAGAGGCUCACCGACGAGGAGUUCAGAGAGCCGUCGACAGGGAAGACGUGUCUCCCCAAAGCUCUGCUGAAUCUAUACGGCGGGAGGAACGACACCAUCCCGCUGCUGCUGGACGUGGUGGAGCAGACGGGAAACCUGCACGAGUUCAUCAAUACGCCCUUCAGAGACCUUUACUACCGAGGUCAGACGGCGUUACACAUAGCGAUCGAGCGACGCUGUAAGCACUACGCUGAGUUGUUGGUGGAGAAAGGAGCCGACGUUCACGCUCAGGCUCGAGGACGAUUCUUCCAGCCCAGAGACGAGGGGGGGUACUUCUACUUCGGUGAGCUGCCCCUCUCUCUGGCGACCUGCACCAACCAGCCGGCGCUGGUGCACUACCUGACGGAGAACGACCACAAGAAGGCCGACCUGCGGCGCCAGGACUCGCGCGGCAACACGGCGCUGCACGCGCUGGUCCACGUGGCCGACAACGCCCGCGAGAACACCCGCUUCGUCACCAAGAUGUACGACCUGCUGCUCAUCAAAAGCGCCAAGCUCUACCCAGAAUGCAACCUGGAGCAGGUGACCAACAACGACGGCAUGUCGCCGCUGAUGAUGGCCGCCAAGCUCGGCAAGAUCGGGGUCUUCCAGCACAUCAUUCGGAGAGAGAUCAAAGACGAGGAGGUGCGCUACCUGUGCAGGAAGUUUAAGGACUGGGCGUACGGACCCGUCUACUCCUCCCUUUAUGACCUGUCCAACCUGGACACGUGUGGAGAAGACGUCUCCGUGCUGGAGAUCCUCGUCUACAACAGCGGGAUCGAGAACCGUCAGGAGAUGUUGGCUGUGGAACCCAUCAACGAACUGCUGAGAGAGAAGUGGCAGAAGUUUGCGGCCGUGACCUUUUACAUCAGCGUGGUGUCGUACCUCAUGGCCAUGAUCAUCUUCACCCUGGUCGCUUACUACAGACCCUCAGGAACCACGCCUCCGUACCCCUACGAGACCUCAGCGGAUAAACUACGUCUGGCAGGAGAACUCAUCACCCUCGGCUCGGGGGUUUUCUUCUUCUUAUCCAAUAUUAAAGAUUUGUUCAUGAAGAAAUGUCCGGCUGCUAAGUCCUUAUUUAUUGAUGGAUCCUUUCAAGUCCUUUUUUUUGUGUACUCGGUGCUGAUUAUGGUGACAGCAGCUCUGUACCUGGCGGGGGUUCAGGCGUAUGUGGCGGUGAUGGUGUUCGCUCUGGUGUUAGGAUGGAUGAACAUGCUCUACUUCACCCGGGGAUUCAAACUCACCGGGACCUACAGCAUCAUGAUCCAGAAGAUUCUGAUUAAAGAUCUGUUGCGCUUCCUGCUGGUCUACUUUCUCUUCAUGAUUGGCUACGCCUCAGCCCUGGUGACCCUGCUCAACGUGUGUCCCUCCAACGCCACGGACGUCCGGUCGGACCAGGCCUCGCACUGCAGGGACACGGUGGCCUUCAGCGUCUUCCUGCUGGACCUGUUCAAGCUGACCAUCGGCACGGGCAGCCUGGACGACCUGAUGCAGGGGGCGCAGUACCCCGAGGUCUUCCUCAUCCUCUCGGUGACCUACAUCAUCCUCACCUUCGUCCUGCUGCUCAACAUGCUGAUCGCCCUGAUGGGUCAGACCGUCAGCCAGGUGUCCAAACAGAGCAAGAAGAUCUGGAAGCUUCAGUGGGCUACGACCAUCCUGGACAUCGAGCGCUCAUUACCGGUGUGUCUGCGCAAAAAGUUCCGCGUGGGUGAGAUGGUGACGGUGGGGAGGAAAUGGGACGGCACGCCCGAUAAACGCUGGUGCUUCAGGGUGGAUGAGGUGAAGUGGUCUGACUGGAAUCACAAUCUUGGGAUCAUUCAUGAGGAUCCGGGACACAAGGAGCAAAACGAAUCCACACACAACACAAAACGACUCCGCAGAGAUCGCUGGUCCACGGUGGUUCCUCGAGCGGUGGAGCUCAGCAGAGGGAACAGAACCAGAGACCACGUGGUGGAGAUGGAGCCUCUAAACGACAGAAACAGCUACAGCUGAAGGUGGGAACCGGACCGAACCGAGGAGGGGCAGAACUAAAGGGGUCUGAGAGAACAGCUAGAACCUCGGCACAGCAGUUCUUCUCGUUCUUCAUCAGGAACGUGCUGCUGGUGGUGAUCCUGAGGCUCAAAGUUCUUACUGGUCACCCAACAGAGACUCAGAACCAGCUGGUUCAAACCCACCACAGUGAAGAGACGGAGCAAAGGAACAUCAUCAUGUCAUUACCUCAUCAAGUGAUCACCACAUCAGCGCAUCAUGUCAUCACUUCUUCAUCACGACAUGAUUUAAUCACCAGAAGUGCAGAAACGUUUGCACACGACUGCAGCUUCAUUCCUCGUGUGUUUUAUUAUCAUACGACUGAUUUAGUAGAAAUGUAAAAACUGUUAUUUAUUCCUGUAACUCCAAUAAAAGAUUUUCUUUCAUUA